AAGAUGGCUGCGAAUAUGUUGUUGAGGGACUGGAGCUGAAUAGUGAAACUGAAGUGCACGGAGUGUGAUGUUGAGCAAGUGGAUUUAUUCGGUUACAACUGAGCAUCUACAAAAGAGCUAAUUCAACCUCUGAUCAUCAACAGGAUUGUUUCCUGACCACGGAUUAUUCUCUUUAGAGUUCAGAGAAGGAGUCCUGCAUUGAAAAUAUUAAGCAAUUCUAAUGAAGCGAGCGGCUGCAAAACAUCUAAUCGAGCGCUACUACCACCAGUUAACUGAGGGCUGUGGAAAUGAGGCCUGCACGAACGAGGCUUGUGGCUCCUCCCCAGGUUUCCAGCGCAUGGAUAACAAUGCUGCAGCCAUCAAGGCCCUGGAGCUAUACAAGAAUAACGCCAAACUGUGUGAUCCCCAUCCCUCCAAAAAAGGCGCAAGCUCGGCUUUCCCGGAGAACAGUGCCAAGGGAGCCAACAAUUUCUCAGCUCGCAGCAACGGAAAGAUGAACCACAAGGACCUACCGCCCACUAGGGAAGACUUUAGAGAUUUGAAUUAUUUGACGGAGGAUAAGGUGUAUGAAAUUCUGGCUCUAUGCAGUGAGUCAGAAGACUACUCCCCUCUGAUUCGUGUCAUCGGGAGGGUGUUCUCGAGCGCCGAGAGCCUGGUGCAGAGCUUCCGCAAGGCCAAGCAGCACACCAAGGAGGAGCUGAAGUCUCUGCAGGCCAAGGACGAGGACAAGGACGAAGAUGAAAAAGAGGUCGCGUCUGCCGCCGAUAUGGAGGUGGACCCAGACGCGGCAGCGGCAGGAGGAGAAGGAGCUUCCCAAGACUCUAGCAAUGACGUUCGAAAGCCAGUGGAGGUGUCGGUGGACAUUGAGGCGGUGCGGAGAGUUUACGACAGGCUGCUUUCCAACGAAAAAGUGGAGGCAGCCUUUCUGAACGCACUGGUGUAUCUGUCACCCAAUGUGGAGUGCGACCUCACCUACCACAACGCCUACGUGGCCGAUCCCGACUACCUCAAUGUGUUUAUCAUUGUGAUGGAGAACAGCAACCUGCACAGCCCAGAGUACCUGGAGAUGGCGCUGCCACAGUUCUGCAAGGCCAUGAGCAAGUUGCCCCUGCCUGCUUUGGCCAAACUGGCACACCUGUGGGCUCAGCAUGGUGCUGGUCACAUCCGGCGCCUGCUUGAGACCUUUCAGCAGCUUAUCACAUACACCGUGAUUAGCAACGAGUUCAACGGUGAAAACCUCGUAAACGAGGAUGAUGGCAUAGUGGCAGCCACCAAAUGCCUGAAGGUGGUUUACUUUGCCAACAUCCUUGGCGGUGACCUGGACACCGGCCACUGCGAGGAAGAGGACGACGAGCCUGUGGCUGAGUCGAGUGAGCUUACACUGCAAGAACUGCUGGGAGAGGAGCGUCGUGCCAAGAAAGGUCCACGGGUGGACCCUCUGGAGACAGAGCUGGGCGUGCGCGCCUCAGACUGCCGCGCACCCCUCGUCCUGUUUGACGAGUUCAUAAACGAGCCACUUAACGACGUGCUGGAAAUGGACAAGGACUAUACAUUCUUUAAGGUGGAGACUGAGAGCAAGUUCUCUUUCAUGACCUGCCCGUUCAUUCUUAAUGCUGUGACAAAGAACCUGGGCCUGUAUUACGACAACCGGAUCCGGAUGUACAGCGAGCGCAGGAUCACGGCGCUCUACAGCCUGGUGCAGGGCCAACAGCUCAACCCGUACCUGAGGCUCAAAGUGCGCAGAGAUCACAUCAUAGAUGAUGCUCUUGUCAGGCUGGAGAUGAUUGCCAUGGAGAAUCCUGCUGACUUGAAAAAACAGCUGUAUGUGGAGUUUGAAGGAGAGCAGGGGGUGGAUGAAGGAGGAGUUUCCAAAGAGUUUUUUCAGCUUGUAGUAGAAGAGAUCUUCAAUCCUGAUAUAGGCAUGUUUACUUACGAUGAAAGCACAAAGCUUUUCUGGUUUAACCCAUCGUCCUUUGAAAAUGAAGGCCAGUUCACUUUAAUAGGUAUCGUCUUGGGCCUAGCUAUCUACAAUAACUGCAUUCUGGACGUGCAUUUCCCCAUGGUGGUUUACAGAAAACUAAUGGGGAAAAAAGGAACCUUCAGAGAUCUUGCAGAUUCUCAUCCGGUUCUUUAUCAGAGCCUAAAGGAACUGCUGGAGUACGAAGGCAACGUGGAGGAAGACAUGAUGAUCACUUUCCAGAUAUCACAAACAGAUUUGUUCGGUAACCCUCUGAUGUACGAUUUAAGGGAAGGUGGAGACAAAAUUCCUGUCACCAACGAAAACAGAAAGGAAUUUGUAGAACUUUAUGCUGAAUAUAUGCUCAACAAAAGUGUGGAGAAACAGUUUAAAGCUUUCAGAAGAGGUUUCCAUAUGGUCACUAAUGAGUCUCCACUAAAGUAUCUGUUUCGACCAGAGGAAAUUGAGCUGCUUAUAUGCGGUAGCAGAAAUCUUGACUUUCAUGCACUUGAAGAAACAACAGAAUAUGAUGGCGGUUACAACAAGGACUGUCGAAUUAUUAAGGAUUUUUGGGAGACGGUCCACUCAUUUGGGCAGGAGCAGAAGAGGCUGUUUUUGCAGUUCACAACAGGCACUGACAGAGCGCCAGUGGGUGGCCUGGGAAAACUGAAGAUGAUCAUUGCUAAAAAUGGACCUGACACAGACAGGUUACCAACAUCUCACACCUGCUUUAACGUGCUGCUCCUUCCUGAAUACUCCACCAAGGAGAAACUUAGAGAGAGACUGCUCAAAGCCAUCACUUACGCCAAAGGCUUCGGCAUGCUCUGAGGCUCCAGGAGCUGCAGAAGAACUUGCACAACUUCAGAGUUUUCAUGUGUACGUCAAAGGCAAAAAUCACCUACACAGACGACAAAAACGUAAAAUCUCAAGUUUCACUGUAAGGCAGGAUAUGAAAUAGGAUAAAAUGGGAAAGUUCUGGUGACCGAGUGCCUGUGCCUAAAUAGUAGACAAAACCACACUGGACUCUUUGCUCUUUCUCCCCCAAUGUAAGUGUUAAGUUACCCUUUUUUGUAUGCACUGAGAUAAAGCACUAUUUAUUUUAAGGGAUAACGUUUGUUGUUUCAUGUCUGCCUGGAAUCCAGCUUACAUUUUUAUUUUUAACAUAGUUAUUACACCUUAAAAGCUGAAGAAAUCUAAACCAGAACAAAGGGAGAUGUUUCUCAUUGUACUAUGGCUGAACUGUGAAAGUGCACUUAACUCAAUAAUCAGAAUGUCUAAGUUUCCUGUUGACCUCUGGUGGACUCGUCACACUCAUGGUUCAUAGGUCUUCCCAGUCGGUCCACACGUGCAGCAAUGCUUCGAGGUACAGAGCAACUUCAAUUCCAUCUUUCUUACCAGGAAUCUGUAUUUAUUAAAGAACUGCAUUGUUUGUAAAGCCACGUUGGCAAGUUGUGCUGCUUGCUUAUAACCAGCGUUCUGGUUACUUAUUUAGCUUCAGAAUCUGGUUUUGUGUCUUACAACAAUAUAAAUAACACAAUUGGCUAAAAUCAGUCUGCUCUUAUGGCAAACAAUAUGAAUAGACUUACAAAUCUGAACAUCACAUCUCCAUUAAAGCAGGUAAUUCAGUAAAGUAUUUGCUAGAAAGGUGAUUUCAUGAACAAUCCAUGUUUGUAUUCAGAACAGCAUGGCCUUGUCUGUACUUCCUUUAAAGCAAACUGUGUUAUUUUUUCAGUAGAUUUGUUUUGCUUUACAGCAUUGGACCCUCAUUACUAUACUGUCAGAUCAUUGAGGGGAUUUUGGCACAAACUCUACCACUAUCCUAAUGUGCCAAAUGUAUAUGCUAUAAAACCCACCCCUCAGGUUUACCCAAACAGCUGGAAACCCACUUUAGUGAUGCCCUGGACCCUUUUUAUUUUUUUACUCAUACAUUUGCUGUUUUUUUUUUUUUCCCCCUUUUCUUUUUUCCUCAUCUUCAAAUAAACUGAGUUGUGGUUUGUUCCACUACUGACGGCGCUCACUUUAAAGAGGUAACAGAACUUGGUAUCAAGAAUGAAAGCAUUUGAUUGUUCAAAAUAUUCUUAAAUAAAUGAAAAAAACUGAAAAA